GAGGAAUACACGAGUGCAUCGGUUCAAAGUUUGUGCGCAAGCGUAGUACGUGCUUCAUGUGAAAUCUCUGUUUCUCAACAUCUCUUUCCAUAAUUUUGCUCGUAAUUCAUCUUAAAAGAGAGUUUAAAUUAUGCUUUCAAAAGCAAUAAAUUCGUCCAUAGUUCGUUCUUUGGCUAGAACCUCAUUAAGGGGUUGUGUUAAUAAUGUGAAGCCUAGUGUCAGACAUCUUAACACAACGACCAGAUGUCUUGCUGGUCCCGGUACAGCGGAAGUGUCCUCUAUUCUUGAAGAAAGGAUAAUAGGCACUACAACUAAAGCUGAACUUGAAGAAACGGGUCGAGUACUGUCAAUUGGUGAUGGUAUUGCCCGUGUUUAUGGCUUAAACAAAAUUCAGGCGGAUGAAAUGGUGGAAUUCUCCAGUGGUUUGAAGGGUAUGGCACUCAACUUGGAACCUGAUAAUGUUGGUGUUGUCGUAUUCGGAAAUGACAAACUGAUCAAAGAAGGAGAUGUCGUGAAAAGGACUGGUGCCAUCGUGGAUGUCCCAGUUGGAGAGGAUAUCUUAGGACGUGUUGUUGAUGCCUUGGGUAAUCCUAUUGAUGGCAAGGGGCCCAUAAAUUGUACAGAAAGAGCUCGUGUAGGAAUAAAGGCUCCCGGUAUCAUCCCACGUAUAUCUGUGAGAGAUCCAAUGCAGACUGGGAUAAAGGCUGUUGAUAGCUUGGUUCCCAUUGGACGUGGCCAGCGUGAAUUGAUUAUUGGAGAUAAGCAAACUGGGAAAACUGCUAUUGCGAUCGACACAAUUAUCAACCAGAAGAGGUUCAAUGAUGGUGCUAAUGAAAAGGAGAAAUUGUAUUGUGUAUAUGUUGCUAUCGGGCAGAAAAGAAGCACAGUUGCGCAGAUCAUGAAAAGAUUAGACAAUGCUGAUGCAUUAAAGUACACCAUCAUUGUGAGUGCAACUGCAUCAGACGCUGCACCACUGCAGUACUUGGCUCCAUAUUCUGGCUGUGCUAUGGGAGAAUUUUUCAGAGAUAAUGGCAAGCAUGCUCUCAUAAUCUAUGAUGAUUUAUCAAAACAGGCUGUAGCCUACCGUCAGAUGUCCCUUUUGUUGCGUCGUCCACCUGGUCGCGAGGCUUAUCCCGGUGACGUUUUCUAUUUGCAUUCACGUCUUCUUGAGAGAGCCGCGAAGAUGAAUGAAACUUUUGGUGGUGGAUCACUGACUGCCUUGCCCGUCAUUGAAACUCAGGCAGGCGAUGUGUCAUCAUAUAUUCCAACAAAUGUCAUCUCAAUCACAGAUGGUCAGAUUUUCUUGGAAACGGAGCUUUUCUUUAAGGGUAUCCGUCCUGCCAUCAAUGUUGGCUUGUCUGUCAGCCGUGUUGGCUCGGCUGCCCAGACAAAAGCCAUGAAACAGGUUGCUGGCACUAUGAAGCUGGAGCUUGCUCAAUAUCGCGAGGUUGCUGCUUUCGCACAAUUCGGCUCUGAUUUGGAUGCUUCCACCCAAGCUCUUUUGAAUAGAGGUGUUAGACUGACAGAACUUUUGAAGCAAGGGCAAUAUGCUCCUAUGGCAAUUGAGGAACAGGUGGCUGUUAUUUAUGCUGGUGUACGAGGUCACCUAGAUAAAAUUGAUCCUUCCAAAAUCACCGAUUUUGAAGUGGCAUUCCUUAAACACAUUCGUGAUACCCAGCAAGACUUACUAAAGAAGAUUCAAGUUGAUGGUCAACUAACACCAGAAAGCGAUGAAAAAUUGAAGAGUGUAGUAACAAGUUUCCUACAAACAUUUGAAUAGGAAGAUUUGCUUAUGAAAGUUGCUCCACUUAGUUUACAUGUUACCCUUCCAUUAAGAGGAUUAUUGUAAUUAAAAGGAAACUAAUUUUAUACCACAA